UGCCUUGUCGUUUACAUGAUGGUUUGUUUCUUGCCCAAUAAUGGAAUGGGAAGCACCUCUGAACGCUCUUCUAGUUUCAAGGCAGCAGAUAGGAACCAUGCCGGACCACCAACAUCCCACGAACAGAAGGAUUUUGAUAUGAUCUACAGGAUUGAAGAUGCACCUCCUUGGUAUCUCUGCAUCCUCCUGGGAUUUCAGCAUUAUUUGACAUGCUUCAGUGGCACCAUCGCUGUUCCCUUCCUACUGGCAGAAUCCCUGUGUGUAGGGAAGGACCAAUACACCAUUAGCCAGCUCAUUGGCACCAUCUUCAGCUGUGUGGGGAUCACAACUCUCAUCCAAAGCACUGUGGGAAUUAGACUUCCUCUGUUUCAAGCCAGUGCGCUAGCAUUUCUGGUUCCAGCCAAGUCUAUCCUGGCCCUGGAUAAAUGGAAAUGUCCUCCAGAAGAGGCGAUCUAUGGCAACUGGACAUUACCACUAAACACAUCACACAUUUGGCAACCAAGAAUAAGAGAAAUCCAAGGAGCAAUCAUUGUUUCCAGCCUGGUGGAAGUGGCAAUUGGGCUGGUGGGCCUUCCUGGGGCCCUGCUAAACUACAUUGGGCCGCUCACGGUCACACCCACUGUCUCCCUAAUAGGCCUCUCCGUCUUCCAAGCUGCAGGGGACAGAGCCGGAUCACACUGGGGCAUUGCGGCACUCUCCAUUUUUUUAAUCGUUUUGUUUGCUCAGUACCUACGGAAUGUGUCUUUCCUCCUCCCUGGCUACAAAUGCGGAAAAGGGUGCACUGUGUUCCGGAUACAGAUCUUCAAGAUGUUUCCAAUCAUACUGGCCAUUUUGGUGGUCUGGCUGUUGUGUUACAUUCUGACAGUGACAGAUGUAUUUCCUCGUGAUGCAAAUGCCUAUGGAUUCAAGGCCAGAACAGAUGCUAGAGGACAAAUCAUAUCAAUUGCACCAUGGUUUCGUCUCCCCUACCCUUGCCAGUGGGGGAUCCCCACAGUGACAGCAGCUGCUGUGCUGGGAAUGUUCAGUGCCACCUUAUCUGGGAUCAUUGAAUCUAUUGGGGAUUAUUAUGCCUGCGCUAGGCUUGCAGGUGCGCCACCUCCACCUGUACAUGCCAUUAACAGGGGCAUUUUUACAGAGGGCAUCUCUUGUAUAAUUGCUGGCCUGCUGGGCACUGGCAAUGGUUCUACUUCCUCGAGCCCUAACAUUGGAGUCUUGGGCAUCACCAAGGUAGGCAGCCGGAAAGUUGUGCAAUAUGGUGCCGGGAUCAUGCUUAUUUUGGGAACCAUUGGCAAGUUCACAGCUUUGUUUGCCUCCCUCCCUGACCCUAUCCUUGGAGGGAUGUUCUGCACAUUGUUUGGCAUGAUCACAGCAGUGGGGCUCUCCAACCUGCAGUUUGUCGACAUGAACUCCUCUCGCAAUCUUUUUGUCCUGGGCUUUGCAAUGUUCUUUGGGCUCACCCUUCCCAACUACUUAGAUUCACGCCCAAAUGCUAUUGACACAGGAAAGGAAAUUGAACAUGUGGUGACCCGUACUGGCAUUGCUGAAGUGGACCAAAUAUUAACAGUGCUGUUAACCACAGAAAUGUUUGUUGGGGGCAGCAUUGCAUUUAUAUUGGACAACACUGUUCCAGGGACUCUAGAGGAACGUGGUCUAGUACAGUGGAAGGCUGGAGCACAUGCUAACAGCGACACAUCUACAAAACUGAAGAGUUAUGAUUUUCCAUUUGGGAUGGGUGUGAUUAGAAGGAUCCAGUGGUUAAAGUAUGUGCCAGUGUGCCCAGUUUUCGUGGGCUUCAAUUCCACAAGAAAGAGGGAUUCUGACACAUUAGAACAGAUACCAAACAUGGCAGAUACCACAGUCAUAUGUACAAAAGUUUGAAGAGACUACCAUAAAGCAUCACAGAAAUAUGGACAAUCCCGUAUCAUUGAAAGAAUCUGCACGAGAUACUAGUGUAUUUAAAUCAUGUCCCAGUGGAGAUGCCUCAGCCAAAGUAGGAUCUGUGACUGCAUCACACUGGAUAAAGAAAUGCAUGGUUGAUCACAGCUUUUCUACCGUCUUUCUCCAACGUGCUGGGUUAAAAAAAAGAAGUUAAUGGUUCAGCUGGGAGCCUUCCAGUAAUCUGAACACCAUCAAGAAACAUUUGUUCAUGGGCAGAAUCCCUCCCCCUUUUCAGUUUUGCAUGCCCGGUAUGGACUUAAAAGAAAAAGAUAUAUUGGUGCUAGGAUUUUAUGUUAGAUGACCAUUAAUAGAGCUGCAUGUAUUCUCCUGUCAAAAUAAAGAAGUGAAUUG